CUCAAAUUGUGUGCUUAUGCAAACUGUCCCAAAGAUAUUCAGUUACAGGAUGGGGUGAAUGUUUGGCAUUUUCAUUGAAAAAUUAAUGACUGAAAGAUCUAAUUAUUGUCAAUAUGGUUGAUGUUUAUUGUCUUUCAACAUAUCAAUUGUUUCAUCAUUAUAUAACUUUAUUUUACUUUUUAUUUUAUCUUAUUUCAAAACACAAAUAUGGGUAGCUGACGUAACCAAGGAAGUGCCAAUUAAUUUGCAUAAUUUAUGCACCAACUCCGUUGCCUUAGUUACAAGUCGAAACACGAACACUGUUAUGGCCGGUCGAAACGACGUUAACCGUGUGCUAGCGUAACAUCUCUUCCGUUUAGUUACCGUUACGUAUUCGCCGCUAGUUGUUUUUCCAAAAUGUCAACAGCUCCUGUUCAGAGAGUAUUUUUUGGCAGCUCUCAGGAGAGGAAACUCUUCCCCUUCCAUUAUGCACCAGACCGGCUGGGAAACCAAAUGUCACGACAGGAAACGCCGAAUGUCGGUCCUGGCUGCUAUGACAACCAUGAGUUCGGCACCAUAGUUUAUGACUUACAGACGACACCACAGAGUAAGAAAGGAUAUGGUCUCUCUGCGAGGACUGCAGCACGCUUUCCACCUUGUAGCAAGACAGUGACCCCUUCACCACAGCAGUACCAGCAGGAUCAAAGCCAGUCCAGAAUCUCCCCUCCUGGAAAAACACCUUUCAACUCAGCUACACAGAGGUUCAAAAUGACAUCACGCACCGCUGAGGAAAGUCCAGGCCCUGGGACCUACACCCAUGAUGCAGUAACAAACAGGAAAGUGAGCUGGCCGAUGUGCUUUGGGAGCCCAGACUGGACCAGACUACCUCAGCUGGAGAAGAAGUCACUCAGGGUGAAGCUAAACAGUGAAAAGGAGUUCCUCAAGCAAAGGAGCAGAGUGGCCUACCUGAGUUUGUACUAUUAACUCUCUGAUGGAUGAAAAACCGUCAUGAAACGGACACAGGAAUGUGUCCGUUUCACUUUCCUAAACUUACUG